CCGCCGGCAGGCACGCAGACCCGGCAGCCUGGAGCCCUGGCCCGAGGCCCAGUCUCGCGAGAGCCAGACGGCGCUGCGACCGCAUGGGGACAUGGCCCUGCUCCCCCGGACCGCAGGGACACCCGACCCGGAGCCUGGCGGCGGCAGAGGAUACCCCAAAGUGGCCCGAACCCGGCACGUCAUCAUCAACGUGGGCGGCUGCAGGGUGCGCCUGGCCUGGGCUGCGCUGGCGCGUUGUCCCCUCGCGCGCCUCGAGCGCCUGCGGGCCUGCCGAGGCCACGACGAGCUGCUGCGCGUGUGCGACGACUACGACGUGAGCCGCGACGAGUUUUUCUUUGACCGUAGUCCGUGCGCCUUCCGAGCCAUCGUGGCGCUGCUGCGAGCUGGGAAGCUGCGGCUACUGCGCGGCCCUUGCGCGCUGGCCUUCCGCGACGAGCUGGCCUACUGGGGCAUCGACGAGGCGCACCUGGAGCGCUGCUGCCUGCGCCGCCUGCGCCGCCGCGAGGAGGAGGCUGCCGAGGCGCGGGCAGGGCCGGCGGGGCGCGGGACACCGGGGAGCCCGGCUCGCGCCCUGGGGCCCGGGCGGCUGGAGCGCCGCCGGUGGCGCCUCCGCGACGUGGUGGACAAUCCGCACUCGGGGCUGGCGGGCAAACUCUUUGCCUGUGUCUCUGUGGCCUUUGUGGCCGUCACAGCUGUUGGCCUCUGCCUGAGUACAAUGCCGGACAUCCGCGCGGAGGAAGAACGGGGUGAGUGCUCCACCAAAUGCCACAGCCUCUUCGUGCUGGAGACAGUGUGCGUAGCCUGGUUCUCCUUUGAGUUCCUGCUGCGCUCGCUGCAGGCCGAAAGUAAGUGCGCCUUCCUGCGGACGCCGCUCAACAUCAUCGACAUCCUGGCCAUCCUGCCCUUCUACGUUUCACUGCUUGUGGGCUUGGCAGCGGGGCCUGCGGGAAGCAAGCUCCUGGAGCGCGCAGGGCUGGUGCUGCGCUUGCUGCGAGCUUUGCGCGUGCUCUACGUCAUGCGCCUGGCGCGCCAUUCACUGGGACUGCGCUCACUGGGCCUCACCGUACGCCGUUGUGCGCGUGAGUUCGGGCUGCUGCUGCUCUUCCUCUGCGUGGCCAUGGCACUUUUCGCACCACUCGUGCACCUGGCCGAGCGCGAGCUGGGCGCACGCCGUGACUUCUCCAGCGUGCCGGCCAGCUACUGGUGGGCCGUCAUCUCCAUGACCACUGUGGGAUACGGCGACAUGGUGCCACGCAGCCUGCCGGGCCAAGUGGUGGCACUGAGCAGCAUCCUGAGCGGCAUCCUGCUCAUGGCCUUCCCAGUCACCUCCAUUUUCCACACCUUCUCACGCUCCUACUCGGAGCUCAAGGAACAGCAGCAGCGUGCCAACAGCCCUGAGCCGGCGCUCCCUGAGGACAGCACACGUGAGGACAGCACACGCUCAGCCACCACCGCCACGGAGGACAGCUCACCAGACCCCGGCAGGGCGAACUCUGCUGGGGACGUGUGGUCGCCCUGAACGAGCUUGGGGACACCAGGGCCUUGAGGUGCGAGAGCCAGUUCUCUGGCUUCAGAAAGCAAUAAGCCUCUGGUAUAGAGUGAUUCUUCAUCUUGGACCUCCAUUCUGACACCAGCUCCUCAGAUGACCCGGCAUCCUCUAAGGUGGCAAAGCUCAAGCUUUGCAUGUAGGCAUUUGAACAAAGAACUUUCCCUUCCUUCCCCACUGAUCUGCGGACCUAUAGCUCAUCCCUUUGGAACACAUCUUCUCUACUGGAACAUCUGAGACUUGAUAACUCCCCUCUCUCCAGGCCUGGCUGCAGGCUGAGGAAAGGAUGGAUAGGUCUCUUCCUGGUGGCUACUGCAGGCAUGGUGAGGGGGGAAAUCCUCCCAAAGUAUAAGCCUUUCUCUUCUCUGUAGGGAUGGGGAAAAUGGAACUUUACAGAUCACGUUGCUUUGUACUCCUUCAUUUUAACCAGCUCUACCAUCACACCUGAUCUACUGAAUGCCUUAGAAUGUACCACGCAGGGUCCCACUGUCUGCAGGUCACCCUUCCAGACCCAAUGCUUGGUAGCUUCCAUCAGGGCCCCAGGUGUGGGGGAAAGCCCAUGUCCAGCCCUUCUAGCUGCAGACACUCCUGAGAUUCUAUUGCAAUCCAAUAAAAAAAAUGCUGGCCUCUCCUGCACAGCUCCUGACUGAAUUCCUCUGGAGUAGUGUCACCUGUGGUCCUUGGGGUACUGAAUUCGAGGGAUCAGAAUUUUUCUGGUAAAGGUGAAGGCAGCAGAUGCCUAUGGCUGGAGUACCCAGAAUACAUCUGACCUUGGCAGCAUCCCUGAUUCAAAGCCUAGUUGUGCAGACUCAGUCCACAGUCCAGAUGUGCACAGCAAACUCAGCCUUACCCCCAAGACAAGGCUGGGCUUACCAUUUUGCCUGACUUCUCAUAGAUGGUAUGGGUUGGGCCUCAGCUCCUCACCCCUCUUCCUUCUCCCUGCUCCCAGCAAUGCACUGGCAUGCAGUUACCUGGCUUCACUCAUUUCGAGUCAUGGCUUGGAGCCAAAGGCCCUGGGAUAUAAGUUACUUGGGGAAACAAGUAACAUGGUCUUCUGCCAGUAACCAAGCAGCAUGCUUCCUGGGCCAGGUAAGGUAACCAUAAAACAUGGGAGAAUCCACUUCCCCACAUGGCUACUUCUCAAGGUACCCCACUUUCUUUACACAAGCUCCUUAAGGUAGAAAAUCAGCCUUAUUUCAGUCCUGGAAGUAGAUCUCCAAGAUGGCCCAUUCAGGUGUGGCACCCUGGCUAAAACUCUGCCCACCUAGCCAAUGACCCAGACUCAGGAACCAGCAUUGCUCAGCAUCUGGCUCCUGCAUUCCCCAGGGCAAAGUCCUCCUCUCCUCUGUACUGGGCCACAGGACAGGGUCAUGGCCAGUGAUAAAAAAUGGUAGGAAAACUUCAGGGACCUGGUAAGUCCACAUGAGAGCCAGAGCUUCCUCCAAAGCUGGGCUGGAGUCAGAGGGUGCGUAAGGGAUCCUGUGCUCAGGCCUGUCUCCUCUUGACAUAUGCCCUCCACAGGAGUGGGGGCUCCACAUGUGGGAAGCUCUCAGUGACAGCCCUGAAGCUUGACAGCAGGCCAGGCAUCAGAUCACUAAAGACACUGUCAACCUCCUACAUUAGGCAUGAGUUUAGGGUGCCCUUCCACUACUCAUCUUCCAAGGACAGGAUAAUUUCUCCUGUGUUAGGGCCAGUGACCUAUACCAUGAAUACCCCUCAGAUUAACCCAAGAUUGUCCUUUGCAGGGUAGGUAAAUGAUGGGGAAUGACAGGUGGGAUCUGUAAUGAGUUUGGCCAAUACCUAGGAGUCCCCAAGACCAAGGAAUCAGACUGCCAGAGGACAGACUGGGUCAAAAGAUAGGAGGGGUGUCAGCCAUCCUUGCUGAGAACAGUGGGAUGGAGACAGACACAUUUCUUGCUAAGCUAGCAGACAACCCAACCCCUAGGCUCCUUCAUCCUCUGAAGACACUAGGGGAACCACCCUCCCACACAGGAAAGGCUGGGGCCAGGGCAGGUCUAUUUUAUGUUUGGUUUUAGGGGCCACAAACCCUCCAGAUUCCCACCAGCCCACUCUCUCACACUUGAAUUAAAUCCCCACAGGAAACAGCUGCUGUGGGACUCUGGCAAGACAUACAGUACACUAGCUGCUUCCUGAGUACAUCUGUUCAAAGUGACUGAAGUCGUUCAGCACAGCAGUCAUGUGACUGAGCUAAAAAGUGACUAUUUUCACCACCUCUCCACUGGGAGCUCCACUCUUGGUCCCUGCAUAUGACAAUGAGGAUGGCUGCCUCUGACCACCAACCAGACUGGCAGCAGAGCCAGAACCACUGUGGCCAUCUGAAGGCCCUGCUGGGACCAUCUGAACAGAGAAGAGAAUGUGGCUUCUCUGUAACUCAGCUUCCUCGGCGCCACAGAUGGCCAGGGAUUCCUCAAAGCCUCCUGACUCCACAUCCUUGGAUGUAUGUAAUCUUGUCACUACCACAGGGCUUGGACUCACAUGGCUAUCACCCUUGAGGUAACUUGUAUCCAGAAACUCCAGGACUGCUGGCUUACUCAUCAAGCACUCUCCUAUGACCAGACCUGUGCCACC